CCCCCCCCCUUCCCUCUCCGACCCUCGCCAUGAUGUCCUCGGCGCCUCCGCCGGCGCCGGCCGCCGGCGCCGGCGACGACGACAUGGAGUCCCUCCCCCUCGCGGCCUCCUCCGACUACGCCUCCGUCGCCUCCACCUUCGACCCCCUCCUCUCCUCCGCCUCCGCCUCCGCCUCCGCCUCCGCCUCCGCCUCCGCCUCCGUCGCCUCGCCCCGCUCCCCUCCGCCGCGCGCCGCCUACAUGCUCUCCUCGACCUCAUCCUCCUCGUUCGUCGACCCGCCCUCCUACGCCGACGCCACCGGCGCCGGCUCCUCCUCCCCGCGCUCCGCCUCCUCGCCCGCCUCCGCCUCGCCGAGAUCCGCGCGCGCGGCGGCCUCCGAGUACGCCCUGCUCGCCGUCUCCGACCCGGAGACCGAGGCCGAGCCCGCUGCCACCUCGCUCGUCCCCGGAUCCGCGCCCACCUACGUCUCCUACCUCGUCACCAGCGUUCGCCGCGGGGACCCCGCCCAGCGCCGCCACGCCGUGCGCCGCCGCUUCCGGGACUUCGUCACGCUCGCCGACCGACUAGCCGAGGCCUUCCGGGGCCACUUCGUGCCGCCGCGCCCCGACAAGAACACCGUCGAGAGCCAGGUCAUGCAGAAGGACGAGUUCGUGGCGCAGCGCCGCGCCGCUCUAGAGCGGUACCUUUGGCGGCUCGCCGAGCACCCCGCCAUCGGGUCCAGCGACGAGCUGCGCGUCUUCCUGCAGGCCGAGGGCAAGAUGCCGCUGCCAGGCAGCACCGACGUGGCAUCGCGGAUGCUUGAUGGAGCAGCAAGGCUGCCACGGCAGCUCAUCGCCGGGGAGGAAGCCGUCGCUGCACCACAGGACGUCGUCCAGCCAGCUAAGGGUGGCAGGGACCUGCUCAGGAUAUUCAAGGAGCUCAAGCAGUCUGUGGUCACUGACUGGGGUGGUGUGAAGCCUCCGCUGGUGGAGGAGGAUAGGGAGUUCCUGGAGAAGAAGGAGAAGCUGCAGGAGUGGGAGCAGCAGCUCACUGGUGCGUCACAACAGGCAGAAGCACUCGUCAAGGCUCAACAAGAUAUGGGUGAAACAAUGGGAGCGCUUGGAUUGGCAUUUGUUAGACUGACAAAGUUGGAGACUGAGGAGGCAAUGUAUGAUUCCCAAAGGAUGAGAGCAGCUGAAAGCAGGCGUGUAGCCACUGCAGCUGUUAAAGCUAGCAGGGCAUGCCGAGAUCUGAAUGCUCAAACUGUUAAAUAUCUGGAUACACUGCAUGAACAUUUAAGCAUAAUGUUGUCUGUCCACACUGCAUUUUCUGAUCGGGCAAGUGCAUUAUUGACUGUACAAACACUCAUGUCAGAUUUGGCAUCAUUACAGUCCAGGAUUGAGAAACUCGAAGCUGCAUCCUCAAAGAUAUUUGGUGGUGAUAGAACUAGGAUUCGCAAAGUGGAGGAGCUAAGGGAAACAAUCAGGGCUACCGAAGAUGCUAAGUUCUGUGCUUUAAGAGAAUAUGAGAGAAUUAAGGAAAAUAACAGAAGUGAACUCCAACGACUGGACAGAGAAAGAAAAGAAGAUAUCCUGGUGAUGCUAAAAGGAUUUGUUACAAGCCAGGCGGCCUACGCCGAGAAAAUUGUGGAUGGUUGGGAGACGGUGGCCGAGGAGACGAGUGGAUAUUCGCGAGGAACUAACAACAUGCCAUCUUAUAUGGAUUGACAGGCCAUCUUAGGGUCUUAGCUUCCCCAUAUUUGGUUGGAUGACACUGUUUGUACAAUGUAAUCUAGGAUAUGAAUUGUGAAAUAGAAAGCUACACCAAAUUCGAUUUGUUUUCAUUUAUUUGUUUAUAAUCAAAAGGAGCCUGGCUCCACAGUUCCUAGUUA